CUUCGUCUCAUCAUCCUAAACCUCAUCUCUCUUUUCCACCCACACAUACACCACCACCUCUGCCACCGGCGCCACCCGCCACCAGCGCCGUCUGACGUCGUCUCCAUCUUCACUUCGCACGCCACACUGCAUUACACCAAACUUCUGUUAAAAAACAAGCUCAAUUUUCAUGUCUUGUUUUGUAUGUGCGUAGAAAAUGAGAAUUUCGGUGGUGCCCACCUACCAAUUCUGCCCACAACCUACCUUCUUGAUAGAUUCAUUGCAGAGCUCAUCUUGCAAAUUCCAUCUAAGAAAAACCCUAAGUCUCUCCAAUCCCAAUUCUUUCAUUCCCGCCAAGAAACAUUUUUUCUGUGCAAUUCAUCACAGAAGCACCUCAGAUUUCACACCGAAGAAAAAUUCUCGUAAAAGAUUCAAUCUUUGGCAGAAGAACAAUGGUAAGGCUGGUUUAUCUUGGGAAGAUUCGAGCUCACAGCCUAGUAUUAGUAGUAGGAGUAGAGUGAUUUCGUCUGGUGGUUCUUGGUUGGAGAAUUGGAAUGUAAGUGGUGAGACAAUUGGUGGGAGGAGACCUCAGGCAGUGAUGAAUUAUAGGAAUAGAGGGGAUGCUUCGAGCUCGGAUGCCGAAGAGGGCACUAGUACUAGGACUGGUGGUAGUACAAUGGAGAGGAUUGUUGAAAAGUUGAAGAAGUUUGGGUACAUGGAUGAUGUUAGUGAGGAGAAUGACAAGAAGAAUGUAAUUGAAAAGGGAUCUGUAGAGGAUAUAUUCUAUGUUGAGGAAGGAUUGUUGCCUAAUACUAGGGGUGGAUUUUCGAAAGAGUUCCCUUUUGGGGAUGAGAGUGCAUCUAUGGGUGGUAAUGGGGAGGUGAGUUUCCCUUGGGAGAAGAAUACUUCGAAUGCGCCAAAGAGGACUUUGGAUAGUCGAAAGAACCGUAGUUUGGCAGAGAUGACUCUUCCUCACUCAGAGCUAAAUAGGCUGAGGAAUUUGGGUCUUAAGGUAAAGAAUAAAACAAGGGUUAGUGGAGCAGGGGUGACGCAGCAGGUUGUGGAGACGAUUCGUGAGAAGUGGAAAACAUCUGAGGUGGUAAGGUUGAAGAUUGAAGGGCCUCCUGCACUCAAUAUGAAACGCGUGCACGAGAUUUUGGAGAGAAAAACUGGUGGAUUGGUUAUCUGGAGAUCUGGGACUUCCGUUUCAGUUUAUAGAGGCGUGACUUAUGAGGAUCCCACACAAAAGAUGAAGAAAAAGAUAUAUAAAAGGCAUGAAUCGCCUCAAAAGUCUCUGCCUACUACUGAGAAGACCAGUCGGGAUUUUUCCAACCUCAUUCCUUUAUCUAACAAGGAUGCUGCUCAAGCAGAACGAUCAAGCAUCAUGAGGCCGGAUGCUGCUCAAGCAGAACAAUCAAGCAUCAUGAAGCCGGAUGAUACAACGUCUGAAACAUCAUCUGAAGUGAAAUAUGAAGAUGAAGUGGACAAGUUAUUAGACAGCCUCGGCCCAAGGUAUGAAGACUGGCCAGGUGAGGGUCCACUUCCGGUAGAUGCGGAUUUGCUCCCAGGUGUUGUCCCUGGUUACAAGCCCCCCUUUAGAUUACUUCCCUAUGGUGUGAGAUCGACACUUACAAUGAGGGAGGCUACUUCUUUGCGGAGGCUUGCUAGAGUGCUGCCACCACAUUUUGCAGUAGGAAGAAGCAGGCAGCAACAAGGAUUAGCUGCAGCCAUGGUCAAGCUAUGGGAAAGAAGUUCGAUAGCAAAAAUUGCUCUUAAACGUGGGGUUCAGCUAACAACCAGUGAGAGAAUGGCAGAAGAUCUCAAGAGAUUAACUGGAGGUAUGCUGCUGUCAAGAAACAAGGACUUCCUUGUCUAUUAUAGAGGGAAAGACUUUUUGGCACCGGAUAUCUCUGAAGCAUUGCUGGAACAGGAGAGAUUAGCAAAGGCUUUACAGGAUGAAGAAGAACAAGCACGGUUGCGAGCCUCACCCUUUGUCACACCACGUUUUGAACAGAUUGAGGAAUCUGGAUUUGCGGGUACACUUAAAGAAACUCUAGAUGCAGACAAUAGAUGGGGAAAACAACUGGAUGAUGAAGAUAAGGAGAAGGUGAUGAGAGAAGCAGAAUUGUUGCGACACGCCAACCUUGUGAGGAAGCUGGACAAUAAGCUUGCUUAUGCUGAAAGAAGGCUACAGAAAGCUGAGCGAGCCUUGUCAAAGGUGGAGGAGUCUUUAUCUCCAGCCGAUCAAGCAGAUGACCCAGAAAGUCUCACUGAUGAAGAAAGGUUUAUGUUCCGGAAGCUUGGUUUAAGGAUGAAAGCCUUUUUACUUCUCGGGAGGCGUGGAGUUUUUGGCGGCACUGUGGAGAACAUGCACUUGCACUGGAAAUAUCGGGAAUUAGUGAAGAUCAUUGUUAAGGCUCCAAACUUUGAGGAGGUCAAGAAUAUUGCCCUAGCUCUUGAAGCUGAGAGUGGUGGUAUCUUGGUUUCAGUAGAUAAAAUAUCCAAAGGAUAUGCAAUUAUUGUUUUCCGGGGCAGGGAGUACAAAAGGCCACCAUUGCUGCGGCCUAAGAACUUAUUGACGAAAAGGAAAGCAUUGGCACGUUCAAUUGAACUUCAAAGGAGUCAGGCCCUCAUAAACCAUAUUGCAACAUUGCAAACAAGAGUGAGGGAACUAAGAAGUGAAAUUGAACAAAUGGCAGCUAUUAAAGACCAAGGAGAUGAAGAACUAUACAAUAAACUGGAAUCAGCUUACCCUUCUGAAGAUGACAGUGAGGAGGAAGGGGAUGAGAGUUAUCUGGACACCUCAGAUGGCACUGUUGAAGAGAAUGACGAAGUGUAUUCAGAAACAAGUUUUCCUUGUGGUUUUGAAGAUGAAGUAGAAAUAGAAAGUGCAGAGGUAUGAUCAGCAAUGACAGCAAUGGUUACUGUUUAUAAUGGGAAAAAUGAACGAAUGAAGAGAGAUGUGCGCAGGUUUGAUGCAACGAAUCCUCGAUAUGUAGUAUGUACUUGGCUCUUCGUGCGCAGGUUUGAUGCAACCAAACCUCAGUAUUAGAUGUUCUUAGAUAUUGGAUUGAAGAUAACACUGCUAUCUCAAGCUGUGUGAAUGUAUACACGUUUUUUAUGAAUGGAAUUAUACUGCAUUUCA